UCUCUUUGUUUCUUCUUCUUCUCCAAUCUCCUUCCAAACUCUCUCCCAUCUUGUCUUUUCUCUCUCCAUGUCCGAACGCAUCCUGUCUCAAAAACCAUUGAUACAAACCUCGAUCUUUCUCCACUAGCAACUGAUCUACACGUCUACACAUUAAAAAGAAACUCUUAUCACUCUGUAUAGCUAUGGCCGCCGCCGUCUCCUCUAACCCUCGCACCGUCGAAGAGAUCUUCAAAGAUUACACCUCUCGCCGCGCCGCUCUUCUUCGCGCUCUAACCAAAGAUGUUGAUGAUUUUUACUCUCAAUGCGAUCCGGAGAAGGAGAAUUUGUGUUUGUAUGGACAUCCGAAUGAGUCGUGGGAAGUGAAUCUACCGGCGGAGGAAGUUCCACCGGAGCUACCUGAGCCAGCGCUUGGUAUCAAUUUCGCUAGAGAUGGUAUGCAGAGGAAAGAUUGGCUCUCUCUCGUGGCUGUCCAUAGUGAUUGUUGGUUGCUCUCUGUUUCUUUCUACUUUGGUGCUCGCCUUAAUCGCAACGAGAGGAAGCGGCUAUUCAGUCUGAUCAACGAUCUCCCAACUCUCUUUGAUGUAGUGACUGGUAGGAAACCCAUCAAAGACAAUAAACCAAGCUCAGACUCCGGAAGCAAAUCCAGAAACGGUGGCACUAAGAGAUCAAUAGAAGGGCAGCCAAAGAACACAACACCAAAACUGAUGGAAGAGAGGUACGAAGAGGAGGAGGAUGAAGAGGAAGAAGACGAGCAUGGAGACACUCUCUGUGGAAGCUGUGGAGGCAAUUACACACAAGACGAGUUCUGGAUUGGCUGUGAUGUUUGUGAGCGUUGGUACCAUGGAAAAUGCGUUAAGAUCACUCCCGCCAAAGCAGACAGCAUCAAGCAGUAUAAAUGCCCUCCUUGCUGUGCAAAGAAAGGAGGAAGACAGUGAUCAUCACCAUCUCCCUGAGACUCUGGUUCUCAUGUCUUAAUCAACCUUCCUUCUAUCUUCUGUUUUUUUAACCUUUUUAAUUUUAAAGCAUACAAAACUCUCUCGUUGGAUCUCCAUAAAAGGAAUUCAAGAAGUUGAGAGAGUGUAGCAAACUGUUUAAGUAUUAUUAUUCAGAUCGAGAAAACUGGUUUGUUCCAUCAAAUGUGUCAGCCGGGGAUUUGUAUAUGUAGUUGAAUCUUAAGCAUUGAACUGCAUUUUGCACUCUAUGUUUAA